AUGGCUCACAGAAUUCAAGUUGCCAUUCUAGAUGACUAUCAAGGCAUCGCAGAGCCAAUAUUUCGUCAAGUAAUGCCAGAAAUUGAAAUACGCACGUUUUCUGACACCAUCCAACUCUCUACUCCCGAAGACAGCGAUGCCCUUGUGCAUCGGCUUCAGCCCUACAAUGUCAUCAGCACGAUGCGCGAACGAACGCCCUUCCCGAAGGAAAUUAUAAAGCGUCUUCCUAAACUAAACCUGCUUCUUACUACGGGAAUGAAGAACUCCGCCAUUGACUUGGCUGCCUGCACUGAGCAGGGGAUUGCUGUUGUUGGUGCGAAGGGUCUUGGUAAAAACACGAAAGAAACCCCACCGACAUCUCUUGAUUCAACCCUCGAGCAUUGUUGGGCCUUGAUCCUAGGCCUCGCUCGAAACAUCUCUCGGGAUGAUUUAGGCGUCAAAACGGGACACUGGGAAACAUCUCACGCCACAGGACUUCGCGGUAAGACGCUCGGUCUGCUGGGGUUUGGUACCUUGGGCGCGAGAGUCGCUUUCGUUGGAGCAAGCUCAUUCGGCAUGAAAAUUCUGGCAUGGUCCAGUAACAUCACUCAGCAGGUUGCUGAUGAAAAAGCUGCAAGCUUUAGCCUACCUCCAGGGUCAUUCAAAGUUGCUGGAACCAAAGAGGAGCUACUGCAAAACUCUGAUGUUUUAAGCAUCCACUAUGUUCUAUCCGAACGCAGUAGGAAUAUCUUAGGAUCGAGUGAACUAGCUCUUAUGAAGCCUUCAGCGAUCUUGAUCAACACGUCUAGAAGUGCUCUCGUCAAUGAACAAGCUUUAUUGGAUACCUUAUUGCAGGGCAAGAUUAGAGGGGCUGCGCUGGAUGUUCACAACGCCGAACCACUGCCACAGAACUCCCCUUGGAGGGUAACCUCUUGGGGUACUGAAGGACGGAGCCAAUUGCUUCUUAGUCCACAUAUGGGCUAUGUCGAAGAGGGAGUUAUGACGCGCUGGUACCAAGAUUCGGCAAUGAAUUUGAAGACAUGGGCUGAGGGAAAAGAUCUUCUCACUAAACUCAAUUAG